UCUUUCCUCUGUCUGUCCCCAGCCUCUGGCCGCUCCCACCCGGCCAGCCCCAGCCCGCCGGGGCCGCAGGCCAGCCCGGUACUGCCGGUCAGCUACCGCCUGUCGCACACGCGGCUGGCCUUCUUCCUGAGGGAGGCGCGGCCCCCGUCACCCGCGGUCGCCAACAGCUCCCUGCAGCGCUCCGAGCCCUUCGUGGUGUUCCAGACCAAGGAGCUGCCGGUCCUCAACGUCUCGCUGGGGCCCUUCAGCACCAGCCAGGUGGUGGCGCGGGAGCUCCUGCAGCCUUCUAGCACCCUGGACAUCCCCGAGCGCCUGACGGUGAACUGGAAGGUGCGGGCCUUCAUUGUCCGCCCGCGCGUGCCCGCCUCGCAGCCCGUGGCCCAAGUGCUGUUCUACGUGGCCGGCCGGGACUGGGACGACUUCGGCGUCACGGAGCGGCUACCCUGUGUCCGCCUGCACGCCUUCCGGGAUGCCCGGGAAGUCAAGAGCUCCUGCCGCCUCAGCGGGGGCCUGGCCACUUGUCUCGUGCGGGCCGAGCUGCCCCUGGCCUGGUUCGGGCCCCCAGCCCCGGCUGCGCCGCCCACAGCCCGCCGCAAGUCCCCGGACGGGCUGGAGCCCGAGGCGACAGGGGAGAGCCAGCAGGCCGAGCUCUACUACACGCUCCACGCCCCUGAUGCGUCGGGGGGCUGCGGGGGCUCCCGCCGUGGGGCCGGGCCCGGGGUGGGGGCCCGAGCGGAGAGCCCUACCCAGCACCCCCUGCUGCGCAUCGGGAGCAUCAGCCUGUUCCGCCCGCCCCCCAGGAGGACCCUGCAGGAGCACAGGCUGGACAGCAACCUGAUGAUCCGCUUGCCAGACCGGCCCCUCAAGCCCGGGGAAGUGCUCAGCAUCCUCCUCUAUCUGGCCCCCAACUCCUCCUCGUCCUCCAGCCCCAGCGUGGAGCACUUUACACUCAGGGUAAAGGCCAAGAAGGGUGUGACCCUUUUAGGUACCAAGUCAAGGAGUGGCCAGUGGCAUGUGACCUCGGAGCUGCUGACUGGGGCAAAGCACUCAACAGCCACCGUGGAUGUGACCUGGGCUCAGGGCACACCCCUGCCCCCCUGGGAGGUCCAGGGCCCCUUGGAGAUCCUGCAGCUGGACUUUGAAAUGGAGAACUUCACCAGCCAGUCGGUCAAGCGGAGGAUCAUGUGGCACAUUGACUACCGUGGCCACAGCGCCCUGCCUGACCUGGAGCGGGCAGUCACUGAGCUGACGGUCAUUCAGCGGGAUGUGCAAGCCAUUCUACCCCUGGCCAUGGACACAGAGAUCAUCAACACUGCCAUUCUGACUGGCAGGACAGUGGCCAUCCCUGUCAAGGUCAUUGCCAUUGAGGUGAAUGGCCUCGUCCUAGACGUCUCUGCCCUAGUGGAAUGCGAGUCAGACAAUGAAGACAUCAUCAAGGUUUCCAGCAGCUGCGACUACGUGUUUGUGAGCGGAAAAGAGUCUCGAGGGUCCAUGAACGCCAGGGUCACCUUCCGCUACGACGUUCUCAAUGCCCCCCUGGAAAUGACGGUCUGGGUACCCAAGCUGCCCUUGCACAUUGAGCUCUCAGAUGCCCGCCUCAGCCAAGUGAAGGGCUGGAGGGUACCCAUCCUCCCCGACCGGAGGUCAGUCCGGGAAAGCGAGGACGAGGACGAGGAAGAGGAGGAGCGGCGGCAGAGUGCAAGCCGGGGCUGCACCCUGCAGUACCAGCAUGCCACCCUGCAGGUCUUCACCCAGUUCCACACGACAUCAUCCGAGGGCACCGACCAGGUGGUCACCAUGCUAGGCCCGGACUGGCUGGUGGAGGUCACUGACCUAGUCAGUGACUUCAUGCGGGUGGGCGACCCCCGAGUGGCACACAUGGUGGACAGCAGCACACUGGCAGGGCUGGAGCCAGGCACCACCCCCUUUAAGGUGGUGUCUCCGCUGACGGAGGCUGUGCUCGGGGAGACGCUGCUGACAGUGACGGAGGAGAAGGUCAGCAUCACACAGCUUCAGGCCCAGGUGGUGGCCAGCCUGGCCCUCUCCCUGCGGCCCAGCCCUGGGAGCAGCCACACCAUCCUAGCCACCACAGCUGCCCAGCAGACCCUGAGCUUCCUCAAGCAGGAAGCCCUACUGAGCCUCUGGCUCUCCUACAGUGAUGGCACCACAGCCCCACUCUCCCUCUACAGUCCCCGAGACUACGGACUGCUAGUGAGCAGCCUGGAUGAGCGUGUGGCCACUGUGACCCAGGACCGGGCCUUCCCUCUGGUAGUGGCUGAGGCCGAGGGGGCAGGGGAGCUGCUCCGCGCAGAGCUAACCAUCGCUGAGAGUUGCCAGAAAACCAGACGCAAGAGUGUGCUGGCCACGACCCCUGUGGGCCUGCGGGUGCACUUUGGGAGGGACGAGGAGGACCCCACUUAUGACUACCCGGGCCCCAGCCAACCAGGGCCUGGGGGGGGCGAGGACGAGGCCCGGGGAGCCGGCCCGCCAGGCUCUGCGCUACCCGAACCGGAGGCCCCAGGCCCGGGCACCGCCAGCCCCGUCGUGCCACCCACAGAAGACUUCCUGCCGCUGCCCACCGGCUUCCUGCAGAUGCCACGGGGUCUGACCGACCUGGAGAUUGGCAUGUACGCGCUGCUGGGCGUCUUUUGCCUCGCCAUCCUCGUCUUCCUCAUCAACUGCAUCGUUUUCGUGCUGCGCUACCGGCACAAGCGCAUCCCGCCCGAAGGCCAGACCAGCAUGGACCACUCUCACCACUGGGUGUUCCUGGGCAACGGGCAGCCGCUGCGAGUGCAAGGGGAGCUCUCGCCGCCGGCAGGCAACCCGCUGGAAACCGUGCCCGCCUGCUGCCACGGCGACCACCACAGCAGCGGCAGCUCUCAGACCAGCGUCCAGAGCCAGGUGCACGGCCGGGGCGACGGCUCCUCGGGCGGCUCAGCCCGGGACCAAGCCGAGGACCCCGCCAGCUCGCCCACCUCCAAGCGCAAGCGGGUCAAGUUCACCACCUUCACCACGCUGCCGUCAGAAGAGCUGGCCUAUGACUCGGUGCCCGCCGGCGAAGAGGACGAGGAGGAGGAAGAGGACCUGGGUUGGGGCUGCCCGGAUGUGGCGGGCACCACGCGGCCCACUGCACCCCCGGACCUGCACAAUUACAUGCGCAGAAUCAAAGAGAUUGCAUAGAGGCGCCAACCGGAGUAGCAGGGACUCCCCCAUCGGGGUCAGCUCGGGGUAGGACACAGCCGGGACCCCCGGUUCACACGGACUCUGGGCGGCUGAAUUGAUUUUGUACUCCCUGCCCCUGCAGCUUGACUCGGUGCGGGUCGGGCCGCCUCAGUGUCUGGGUCUUCCCUCGCCUCACACCGUUACCCUCUUCUGCCCCCUGCAGGUGGAGGGCUCUUCCUCCAGUGGCUCGCAAGGAGGAAAGCAAGCCCAGCCUCUGUUCUACCCUUUCCAAAUCUCCUCCCAUCUUAAGCAACUCCCUGCCCCAAGAGUGAGGCAAGGAGGUCUAGCUUGGGGUCACGUGGGCCCACGCUGUGUCCCGGCCCCGCCUCCCGUCCCCCCGUCGUCCCCCUGUGCAGGGGGUUCUGUGGGGGUCUUGUGUCACAGGCUGCACAAAGACUUUCCUCAAACUAAUAUUCAGGGAUUUCUGUCCUGCAGGGUGGGGAGGUGGCGGCUGCCUGCCCUGCCAAGGAUCUUGCUGUGGAUGAAAUAUCUGGGGGCUAGGGGGACAGCUGUAGCAUCUGCUGGCAUUCGCGUGCCUCCCAGGACCUGGGAGCUGACUCUACAGAGAGGUCUGGGUGCCAAGCCAGGCACCUUCCUGAGUUCUCAGGACUCCCACCCCGGCCCCAAGGGCUUUAGGCAGGGACCUAAAGGGGAAAGAGUCCUGGAUCCAUCUCUAGCCAAAUCACACCCCAGAGCCAGAGGCCUGGGGACCUCCUUGCCUUCCCCUUCCCCUACAGCAAGGUCAACACUACUACGCCUUAGCCACCUCUCACCCUGCUGACCGCGCCUUCCCUCUGCAGCACAGGGCAGGCAGCCACCUAUCCCCCACAAGACAGAACCCAGGAGGGGAGUAGAGGGCACCGGGGAAUGCUGUGAGGGACUUUAGGGUGAGCAAACCCAGAAGGGAGCCAGUGUCGCCCCAACCCCAUCCCACAGCCAUUUUUCUCUCGGGUUCUACCCACCACUGUGUCGGAUUUUUCUUAAAUAAAUGGAAGUGGUCAGACUGGAGGUGGGGGCAGCAGCUCCCAUGAACAAACAGUA